AUGGAGGAUGCAAAUCCAGUAAAUAUACCUGCGGAACCGGGAUCAAUACUGAGUAAAAGUGCAGGUAGUCAAGAAGCAAGGGAUCCAGGUAUACCAUAUCGUGAAGCAGUAGGUUCUCUAUUGUUUGCCGCACGAGUAACACGACCAGACAUUGAGUAUGCGGUAAAUACGGUAAGCCAGUUCGUUGACAAUUAUAAUAAUACGCACUGGAGUGCUGUUAAAAAGAUUUUUAGAUACCUAGUUGGAACUAUAGAUUGUGGCAUUAUUUACGGAGCAAGUGGGAGUGAUGAAUCAUUGGUUGGAUACACGGAUGCUGAUUAUGCUGGAUGCCCGGACACAAGACGAUCAAGAAGUGGCUAUGUUUUUAUGCUAAAUAAUGCACCUGUAAGCUGGUGUAGCAAGAAGCAAAAUAUUGUGUCUCUAUCCACGACAGAGGCUGAAUAUAUUGCACUAGGGCAUGGAGUUAAAGAGGCAAUUUGGCUAAAAAGGAUGCUGAAAGAACUUGGUAUCCAGUUUGAGAGUGUUCCCAUGAAUGUGGACAAUCAAUCAGCUAUCAAACUAGCGAGUAAUCCUGAAUUUCAUAAAAGAACCAAGCAUAUUGAAGUUCGGUAUCAUUUUAUUAGAGAAGUUGUUGAAAAAGGGACAAUUGUGCUAGCGUAUGUAAAAACACAAGAACAGUUAGCAGACAUUUUUACAAAACCAUUACCGAAAGACCAACUACAGUACAUACGACAGAAACUUGGAAUUAUGGCUGAUAAAAUCUAAAUAAGUGGGAGUGUUAGAAUUAAUAUUUAGAUUUAUUUUUAGAGAAAAGUUGUACAGGACAACGUCACUGUACUUAGUAUACCUAGAUAUGUAUACAUGUCUGUAUAGUAUACAGUUCACUGUAAAGUCCUGUAUUCAGUAUACCUGGUAAUGUUUCCACUACCCCUUGACCCUUAAUGAAGUAGUGGGAGUAUACUGAGUACUGAGAGUGCUAGAUGUAACUAAUAAUUUUUCUGUUAUAGUUAGUCGAGCUGAACUCUUUCACCAUCAAGUGUCAAUUGUCCAGAUUUAGAGUCACUUUAUUGCAAAUAAUUUAACAUUAUUUUUUUCUGUCAGUUUAACCUCGUUUAAUAUUGUUUGUUUAGUUAA